GUCUGACCUGUGUGGGCCCAGUCUCUUCCCCUGCAGCCAACUUUUCCUGUGUUUCCACCCGGGAGUCAGUGUGGUCAAAGAACUCCAAGAUGGGAGGUAAGCUGAGCAAGAAGAAGAAGGGGUACAACGUGAACGACGAGAAGGCCAAGGACAAAGACAAGAAGGCUGAGGGGACAGGGACCGAAGAGGAAGCCACCCCGAAGGAAAAUGAGACCCAGGGGGCGGCGGAGACCACCGAGGUGAAGGAGAAGGCCGAGAAAGAUGCUCAGGACCCCGCGAACAAGCCCGAAGAGAAGGAAGGUGACAAAGACAGGGCCGGGGCAAAAGAAGAAGCCCCAAAGGCCGAGCCCGAGAAGACCGAGGGGGGAGCCGAGGCAAAGCCUGAGCCCCAGAAGGAUACAGAGCCUGAGCAGGCCUCGGCUCCGGCCCCUGCCGCCAGCGGGGAGGCCGCCACAGCACCCGAAGCCAGUGCCGAGGCCCAGCCUGAGCCCACAGCACCCACUAAAGCGGAUGACAAGGGCACGGAGGAAGGGGAACCCAAAAAGACUGAGGCUCCCGCAGCUCCAGCCGCCCAGGAAACGAGAAGCGAAGGGGCCCCAGCGUCAGACUCAAAACCCAGCAGCACUGAGGCUGCGCCCCCUUCCAAGGAGACCCCCGCCGCGACGGAAGUGCCCAGUUCGACCCCCAAGGCCCAGGCACCUGCAGCCCCAGCAGAAGACGCCAAACCUGCUGAGACCCCGGCAGCUAAUUCGGAUCAAACCGUAGCAGUGAAAGAGUAAGAAGGACAGCCUAUGGAGAAAAAGCAUACCACUUACAGAAGCAACCUGUUCUCUCUCUCUCUCUCUCUCUCUCUCUCUCUCUCUCUUCUCUCUCUCUCUCUCUGCUCUACCAACUUGUUUCAAAUUGAUCAGAAGUAAUGAUAUGUAUUGCCCAAAGGGGAGGUUAAAUAAAAAGAAGAAUGUUGGUCCCAUUAAGGGAGGGAGGGGGUGGGGAGAAUCCAAAUCGUAUUUUUGUGGGGAAAUAUCUAAUAUACCUUCAAUCCGUCUUGGAUUUUAAAGAUAAACGUCUGAAAGUGUCGUACAUCUUUUGUACCUAACUGCUGACCCAUGCCCCACCCGCUAAGAUCCAAGCACCUCUCUUCUCUUCCCCAGCGGGGGUCGGGAGCUGCGUGUUUGAUUCUGCCCAUGGGGCCUGUGCCAAGGCAAUCAGAUCUCUAGGAAAGCAGUAUUUUCUGUGUUGUUUUUUUUUUAAUUUACAGCCUUUCUUAUUUUGAUAUUUUUUAAAUGUCCUGGAUGAAUGCCAACUUUCAGACUGAGCCCACUUAGCUUGUCCACAUGUAUCUCCAUGCCACCCCCUCUCCCUGCCCCCAUUCUCUUCCUCUCCAGAUGUUUUUGGGAGUAACAAACAUUCUCUCAUCCUACUUAGCCUACCUAGAUUUCUCAUGACGAGUUAAUGCAUGUCCGUGGUUGGGUGCACCUGUAGUUCUGUUUUAUUGGUCAGUGGAAAUGAAAAACAACAACAAAAAAACCAACAAAAAAACAGCCAAGUCUGCGUUCAUUGCAGUUCUAGUUUCUCUUCCAUUCUGUGUCCGAGAAAACCCACACACCGCUCAUUGGAAAAUGGAGAAAAAAAAUUAAAAAACACAAAAAAAUGUACAAUGGAUGCAUUGAAAUUAUAUGUAAUUGUAUAAAUGGUGCAACAGUAAUAAAGUUAAACAAUGAAAAAAGA